CUCUUCUACCCAAAAAUAAUUAAUCAUGUUCAUCAUUUUCAAAUUCAUAGUCUUUCUUGGGUUUAUUAUACCUAAUUUCUUUCAAGUUUCAUUUUCUUCUGUUAUUUCCACUGGAGAUUUUAAUAAGGACUUCUUUGUAAUGUGGUCUCCUAGCCAUGUAAACACUUCUGCUGAUGGCAGGACAAGAAGCUUGAAGCUCGAUCAAGAAUCGGGUUCGGGUUUCGCUUCGAACCAGAUGUUCUUGUUCGGACGAAUUGAUAUGCAAAUAAAAUUAGUGCCAGGCUAUUCCGCAGGCACAGUUGUGGCAUUUUAUUUAACAUCAGAUCAACCUAACCGUGAUGAGAUAGAUUUUGAGUUUCUUGGAAAUGUAAGUGGAGAGCCAUAUAUUCUUCAGACCAAUAUUUAUGCUGAUGGAUUUGAUAAUCGGGAAGAAAGGAUUUAUUUAUGGUUUGAUCCUACGAAAGACUUCCAUAAUUAUUCUGUCUUGUGGAACCUUCACCAAAUUGUGUUCAUGGUGGAUUGGAUACCUAUAAGAGUAUACAGAAACCAUGCAGAUAAAGGAGUGGCAUAUCCAAGGUGGCAACCAAUGGGGAUAAAAAUCAGCCUAUGGAAUGGUGACAGCUGGGCAACAAGAGGUGGAAAAGACAAAAUUGACUGGUCAAAAGGUCCAUUCAUAGCUUCAUUUAAAGAUUACAAAAUUGAUGCUUGUGUUUGGAAUGGAAAUCCAAGAUUUUGUAGGGCAGAAAGCUCUACAAAUUGGUGGCAUAAGCAUAGCUAUAACACUUUAACGCCUAUACAAAGAAGAUGGUUCAAGUGGGUUAGAUUGCACCAUAUGAUUUAUGACUAUUGCCAAGAUAAAAACAGAUUCCAAAACAAACUUCCUAAAGAGUGUUCUCUCCCUAAGUAUUGAUAUGAGCUUUCUAUUAUUUUGUUGUUCUUGAUUUUAUUAUUGGGAUUUCAAUCUUUUUUAGCUUGAUAA